AUGGGAGAAGGCGGUGAAAAGAAGGAGAAGCCGAAGAAGGGAUUCAAUGCCCAAAAAUUCUUCAUCGACCUGGCUUCGGGCGGAACUGCUGCUGCCGUGUCGAAGACUGCCGUCGCCCCGAUCGAGCGUGUGAAGCUGCUGCUGCAAGUGCAGGAUGUCUCUACAACCAUCGCCGCCGACAAGCGCUACAAGGGCAUCAUGGAUGUCCUCGUGCGAGUGCCGAAGGAACAGGGUGUUGCUGCUCUUUGGAGAGGAAACUUGGCCAACGUCAUCCGCUACUUCCCGACUCAAGCGCUCAACUUUGCCUUCAAGGACACGUUCAAGAACAUCUUCCUCAAGGGCGUCGACAAGAAGAAGGACUUCUGGAGGUUCCUGCUCGGCAACUUGGCUUCCGGAGGAGCCGCCGGAGCCGCCUCGCUGUGCUUCGUCUACCCGCUCGACUUCGCCCGUACGCGUCUGGCCGCCGACGUCGGCAAGGGCAACUCCCGCGAGUUCAAGGGUCUCGGUGACUGCCUGGUGAAGAUCGCAAAAUCGGAUGGCCCCAUCGGUCUCUACCGCGGUUUCUUCGUCUCCGUCCAGGGUAUCAUCAUCUACCGCGCCGCCUACUUCGGCAUGUUCGACACGGCCAAGUUCGUGUUCGCGCCGGGCGAUGGCAAGAAGCUCAACUUCUUCGCCGCAUGGGGUAUCGCCCAGGUGGUCACCGUCGGCUCGGGCGUGCUGUCGUAUCCUUGGGAUACUGUGCGUCGUCGCAUGAUGAUGCAGUCUGGUCGCAAGGACAUCCUCUACAAGAACACUUGGGAUUGCGCCGUCAAGAUCGUCAAGAACGAGGGCAUGAGCGCCAUGUUCAAGGGCGCUCUCUCGAACGUGUUCCGCGGCACUGGUGGCGCCCUCGUGCUCGCCAUCUACGACGAGAUCCAGAAGUUCAUC